AUAUAAGCGCGGCUCCGGCCUCUUCCUUGUAGUGCCGCCGAGGAGUGUCGCCGAGGAGAGGUCGUGCGGCCGCUUCCGCGCUACUCGGGCUGUGACCACUGCGAGCUAGAGCCGAGGACGCGGGCCGGCCAUCAUGUCACGCUACGGGCGGUAUGGAGGAGAAACCAAGGUAUAUGUCGGUAACCUGGGAACUGGUGCUGGCAAAGGCGAGUUAGAAAGGGCAUUCAGUUACUAUGGGCCCUUAAGAACUGUAUGGAUUGCCAGAAAUCCUCCAGGAUUUGCCUUUGUGGAAUUUGAAGAUCCUAGAGAUGCAGAAGAUGCAGUUCGAGGAUUGGAUGGGAAGGUGAUUUGUGGUUCUCGAGUGAGGGUUGAGUUAUCGACAGGCAUGCCUCGGAGAUCUCGCUUUGAUAGGCCACCUGCCCGACGUCCCUUUGAUCCUAAUGAUAGAUGCUAUGAGUGUGGUGAAAAGGGACAUUAUGCUUACGACUGUCAUCGCUAUAGCCGUCGAAGAAGAAGCAGGUCAAGAUCUAGAUCACAUUCCCGAUCCAGGGGAAGGCGAUACUCGCGCUCACGCAGCAGGAGCCGGGGAAGGAGGUCAAGAUCAGCAUCUCCUCGAAGAUCAAGGUCUGUUUCUCUUCGUAGAUCAAGAUCAGCUUCACUCAGAAGAUCUAGGUCUGGUUCCAUAAAAGGAUCGAGGUAUUUCCAAUCCCGUUCGAGAUCCAGAUCAAGAUCCAGGUCUAUUUCACGACCAAGAAGCAGCCGAUCAAAAUCCAGAUCUCCAUCUCCUAAGAGAAGUCGUUCCCCAUCAGGAAGUCCACGAAGAAGUGCAAGUCCUGAAAGAAUGGACUGAAGUUCUCAAGUUCACCCUUUAGGGAAAAGUUAUUUUGUUUACAUUAUUAUAAGGGAUUUGUUAUGUCUGUAAAAUGUAACCUGGGAAGGAUCAUCAACCAUCUAAUCCAAAUGGAUCUGGGUUAUUGCUCUGUAUAAUUCACAACAGUUAAAUAUUGUUUUUGUUGAAUGUAUUAACAUCUUAUGGUCUGAAAAUGUGGGUUUUUAUUUGGCACAUUUAAAUAAAAUGUUUCUAACUAGAUUUUUGAUUUGUGUUCAAUAUUAAUACUUUUCAAUUUGCUAACAUCAGGUGUCAAGACAAUUGUUACUAUGUAUAUCGGCCUAUACUCAAAGUUUAAUGAUGUUGGUUAAGUAUUACACAUCAUUAAUUGUUCUAUACAUGACACUGGCCAGAAUCUUAAAGGACUUUGAAAAUUCCAUUUUACCCUUAUACCUUUGGGUUAAAUGAUCUUGAGUCCUGUUCAUAGCGUGAAUGCAUCAUGGCAGAUUCCUAACUGAGAAUUGGUGUUAACUAGAAGUCAAACUAACAAUCUCAAAAUGUCAAGCUAGAGGGACCACUGAUUUAGCCUAUAAAUGGGUGCAUGACAGGAAUUUAUCGUAAAUGUCAAGUAGAAAGAAACUGAUCUCUAGAGGCUGAGAUUUUAGUAGCUGUGUGUUUUCAGACUUAAGUUGAGGUGAUUUUUGCUCAAUGUACUUUUUUUUUUUCUCUUUCAAACAGCUAAUUUAAUACCAAAAAUGCAUGUUUGAAGAAUUGUCUGAAUUUGGAACAAAAACCCUGUAAACCAGCUUUGCAAAAUUAUUAAGCCCCAAUACUCUGUUCCUUUGAAUGGAUUGCCUUAUCCUGUGCAAAAAUCUGUUAAUAUCUGAGCUAGAUUUUGCAGUUCCUGACAACAAACAUUGUUCUAUUUUGCCAAGCUGGUAUAAAGAGAUGUUAAGAAAAAAAAAUGUUAAUGAGACGAAGCAGUUUUGUAAAUCUUACAUAUUUAGCAGCAUUUCAUGUAGCUUUUGUUUGGGUUUUUUUGUUUGUUUGUUUUUUAAUAGUAUCUGGUAGACCUUAGAAUGGUAUAGCCAGUAGAUUCUUACUCAAACUUUUAAGUAUACUAAACCCAAGGGCAGUAACAGAACAGUCAUUUUUGAGUGUUUUUGAACAAGCUUUUUACUGUAUUUCUUAGCUUUGGUGUAAAAACAAGUAGCACAGGAUUCUGUACUUGUCCAUUUUAGGCUUUUUCACAAAGUUGUCUGAUGGUAUUGCGACUUGAAUACUGGUCUGCCUCAAAUUUAUUUGGUCAAGUGGUCACGGGUGUGUUGGAAGUCAUUUGGAUUCUUUGUCUUUAGAAUUUGGUUGAAUACAUGGUUGGUGUGAAGCUCUAUGUGUAACGGGCAGACUUAUCUGUUGCACUUGGUUAGCUUUAAUUCUGUAUUCGAUGAAAAUCAAGUUUGUUCAAUAAAUCUGCAGAGAUUGAACAAAUCA